ACAACAAGCCAAAUCAAAAGCGGUUGGGUUCUCGAGCGUUUGGAUUCCCGAGACGCGGCGUGCCCAAAAAAGGCCAUGGAGCCGAGUUGGGAGAAUAAUUUGUUUUCCUUUCUCCGUUCCAAAUGUCCCAGGUUUAGUUCUUGAGCAGUCUCAGUAUGACGUGUGACGUUGACGAGUCCCUCGCCAAACUUCAUUCAAAAGCAGGCGGAUUAAACAACAUGCGGACAUUGGCGGAUAGUCGCGUUUUUUAGAACAUGACUACUGGAGCUUUCUCAACCUACGCGCUCGAAACUACAAUUCGGAUGAGUUCCAUCCGUUCAUCGAGGCGCUUCUGCCGCAGGUGCGCGCGUUCGCCUACACGUGGUUCAACCUGCAGGCCAGGAAGAGGAAGUACUUCAAGAAGCACGAGAAGAGGAUGACCAAAGAAGAAGAGAGGGUGGUCAAGGAAGAGCUCCUCGGCGAGAAAGCGGAGGUGAAGCAAAAGUGGGCCAGUCGGCUUCUGGCCAAACUGCGAAAGGACAUCCGACCGGAAUGCCGAGAGGACUUUGUCAUGUCCGUCACGGGCAAGAAGACGGCUUGCUGCGUCCUGUCCAAUCCCGACCAAAAAGGCAAAAUGCGACGCAUCGACUGCCUCAGACAGGCCGACAAGGUGUGGCGGCUGGACCUGGUGAUGGUGAUCCUGUUCAAGGGGAUCCCGCUGGAGAGCACGGACGGCGAGCGUCUGGUCAAGGGCCGCCACUGCGCCAACCCGCUGCUGUGCGUGCAGCCCAGGCACAUCUCCGUCUCCGUCAAGGAGUUGGACCUCUACCUGGCCUACUACGUCCACCGCAAAGAGGCCGAGGAGGGCGGCAGUCCCGCUCGGACAGCGGCGGCGUCCGAUCAGGAGGACAGUCGCACCGCCACGAUGGACGGUCCCGAGUUCCAAGAUGCCUUUGUGACGUCGGGAGUUUUCAGCGUCACCGAGCUGGUGCAGGUGUCGAGAACUCCCGUCGUAUCCGGGGUGGGACAAAGUUUCUCCAUCGGGGAGCUCCAAGGCCACCUGGCCUAUGAUCUCAACCAGGCGCUUCCCCAGCCCGUCAACAUGCGGCGCACGCUCGCUAGCGCCUCCUCCAGUGGGAGUAAGCGGCACAAGUCGGGCUCCAUGGAGGAGGAGGUGGGCAGCCCAGGUGGAGAAUAUUACCACUCGCCGUCCUCUCCGGGCAGCAGCUCCAGAAACUGGACGGAUGACAUGGAAGGAGGGGCGUCUCCUCCGGUGAAAAAGGCCGAGCUGGACAGUCCUUCAGCCCAGGAAAACUCACCCAGGCUGGGAUCGUUCACGCAACAUCAUCGGCCCGUCAUCGCGGUGCACAGCGGUCUGUCCCGUCCGCACCCGUCGCCGUCUUUGCACUUUGCGUCCUCAUCUUACUUCCCUCACGGAGCGAUCCGUUACCCUCCCCACCUAGGCCAGGACCCCCUGAAGGAUCUGGUCUCCUUGGCCUGCGACCCCGCCAACCAAAGCUCGCUCAACGGCAGCAACCAGCUCAAAGUGAGCAGCCAUUACCUCUCCUCUCAGAUGCUGGCCCCCGCCCUGGGGCCGCCCCCGUCCCCCCUGCCCCGGCCCGCCCUGGUCGCCGACGUCAAGCCGCCCAGUAGCUCCUCAUCCGAGGGGCCGGCAAACUCGCCCACGUCGCCCACGUACUCGGCCCCCGGGACUCCAGGGACCCCUCCUGCCAGUCGCUCCUCCUUUGUUGGCGUUGCGCCUCGAGACCCAGGUGGACUCUACCAAGCCCAGUCUUGGUAUCUGGGCAACUGAAAGGCGACAGGAUCUGUUGUGCGUGUGCUCACACCCAAACGCAAACCAUUGAGAUCAGCCACCCCCCCAGUGAGGAGGACGGCUUCAGAUCGCGGAUGGAGGAUGUCGGGACACGCGACGCGCUUACGUGCACGGGUGUGGGCGCACGGCGGGCCGUGAGCCACCAGGACUCCAAACGGCUCUCGGGACUGGUCGCCGCAAGGAUUUCCCGGGAAAGGAUGUCCGUCAACGCCGCCCCUCCCUGCAGGUGCUGCUUACCAUAUAUGCAAAUAAGCCUUGCUCUUUUUUCUUUCUGUAUUUCCCCAAAGACUCCCAACUAGAGAGAGAGUGAGACGCACCAUCUUUUCAUUCAAACCUAAUUUUUGCACUCCACCCCCCUGCCUCUCCUUUCUCCAAUCGUCCCCAAAGAGAGUGAAAACAAAAAAAAGAGGAAAAGCAAAAAAGACCGGGGCUGACAAUCGCUGUCGGUGUGAAAACAUGAAGUUGGACGCUCAGAAGUACGCGAGCGCCGGCCCGCAGAGAAGGAAUGUGGAAUGUGCCCCCCCCCCCCCCCAAGAAUUGUGCUCGGAAUCCAUCCCAUCCGUCCAGCCCCGCUCACUGGACCUUUUUUUGGAAAGUCUCUUUUGCACGAAAUGUCCUAAACCACAGUACGUGCCUUGCCUUCACUUCAACUAAGAAUAAUAAUGACACCUUUUGGAAACGUAACAAAAACUUUUCAUGGUACCGCUUCAAGAGCCCCCCCCCCCCCCC